AUGCGAUUCCCCCUCCCCAACCCCCUCUUCGAGGGGCUGAAGUCUCUUUUCUGCAACGCCGUCAAUUUUCUGUCCCCGGAGAGCGAUGUUUUGGCUCUGCAGCUGGGGACGGUGCUGGUGGGAUCCCCUACACAGGACGGGACCAUCUCCAUCCUCACCACCUCGGUGGAGGCGGACGAGCCCCACAGGGUGCAGUUCCCGGCUCCCCGCCAAGGCAGCCCUCUGAGCCCGGGACAGCCUCGCUGGGCCAACUACGUCAAAGGUGUCAUCCAGCACUACCGGGGUGGUCCCGUGCCGGGCUUCAGUGCCGUGAUAGCCAGUGACAUCCCCCUGGGCGGGGGCCUCUCCAGCUCGGCCUCUCUGGAGGUGGCUACUUACACCUUCCUCCAGCAGCUCUGCCCUGAUGACGGUGAUUUGGUAGCCAAGGCGCUGGCGUGCCAGAAAGCGGAGCACACAUUUGCCAGCAUGCCCUGUGGGAUCAUGGACCAGUUCGUAUCCGUGAUGGGCAAGGAAGGCCACGCGCUGCUCAUUGACUGCAGGUCCCUGGAGACCGUCCUCGUCCCACUGACUGAUGCCACCUUGGCCGUCCUCAUCACCAACUCCAACGUACGGCACACGCUGACGGGCAGUGAGUACCCCACACGCCGACGGCAGUGCGAGGAGGCGGCGGCGGCGCUCGGCAAGGCCAGCCUGCGAGAUGCCACCAUGGCUGAGCUGGAAGCGGCCAGGAGCCAGCUGGGCGAGGAGGUGUACCGGCGGGCCAGGCACGUCAUCGGCGAGAUAGCACGGACAGUCCAGGCAGCUCAAGCGCUGCAAGACAGGGACUACAAGACGUUUGGGAGGCUGAUGGUGGAGAGUCACAACUCCCUCAGGGAUGACUAUGAAGUGAGCUGCCCGGAGCUGGACAAGCUGGUAGCAGCAGCUCUGGAGGUUGAUGGGGUUUAUGGCAGCAGGAUGACAGGGGGAGGCUUCGGAGGCUGCACGGUGACGUUGCUGGAGGCCGGGGCUGCAGAGAGAGCCCAGCACCACAUCCAGGAGAAAUACAGCGGCACAGCCACCUUCUACCUCACCAAACCCUCCGGAGGGGCAAAGGUGCUGCUCCUGUAG